AUGGACACUUUUCCACCGGAAGUGCAGCAUAUUUUGGCACACGCCUUCGGCAUUCUUUUGGCCACGCAACUUACUCAGAUGGCUGAUCGGCUUAUGGAGAUGCACGGUUUUUCCAAGCCGUCUAUUUCAGCACUCUCAACUCCCUCAUCUCCUCCUGCGUCUUCCAUUUCGCAGUUAGAGAUCGAGCUCAACAAGCUGGCCGAUGAUAUAGCCGCUCUCCAGAAGCCCACAGUUUCUGCCUCAUCUCGGAGCCAACCGCAGCCGUCCACCCCGCAUGUCCAGUCUUCUCAUUCAGCCAGUCCAAACGCAGCUGCCACCUGCUGGUACCACUCAACUUUCGGUGCUAAGGUCCGUCGCUGCGUCUCUCCUUGCUCCUUCACUUUCAAGCAGAACAAACGGGUAAAACCGGUCAGCCGGAAGGUCAGUGCAAGCAAUCUUUCCGACAGCUCUAACCCUGGUCGCACAUUUUACGUCCGCGACACCAGGAGUGGCAAACGUUUCUUGGUUGACACUGGUGCCCAGCUAAGUGUCAUUCCACCCACACCAGCUGAUCGUCGGUGCCCCAAUCCCGGUCUUUUCCUACAGGCCGUCAGCACAUCGCCUAUUACCACAUUUGGCACCUGCUCUCUCUCUCUGGACAUCGGUCUCCGGCGUCUCUUCCCUUGGGUCUUCGUCGUUGCUGACAUCCCCUGUGCAAUUCUCGGUGCAGAUUUCCUCGCCGCUUUCGAUCUCCUGGUCGACUGCCGUCAGUCACGUCUACACGACAAGACUACCAACCUCACUGUCCGGGGUAUCUCUUCAUCAAGGUCAAGGCUCGCAGCUCAAUUUCAAAGAUAAGUGAAGCUCUGCAUUUAUCUGGAUGUUCUUAAGUAAUUAAUGCCUGUUUUUUACUUGAGACCGUUUUAAAAGUCGCCUUUCUAUAUACGGUAAAAGUUUUUCCCAGUUUGUUUGACAGUCUGGCAAAAUAGUCGUAUUUUGUAAAAAAUCCAUUGUAGUGAAUCCUUUCCCUACUACCGCUUUCUAGUUCCUUAGUUAAAAAACAGUAAUACUUGCUACUCAGUGCGCGUUUCCGUACGCUGGCAACGUUUUGAUCCUUCUUCUGUAACGAAAAACUUUUUUUGUCUGUAAUGCCCCGCAGAGCACGUGCUAAAAGGCAAAAGCUUGCGGCCUCCCCACCGUCUCUGGGUGCUAAAAUCGUGACUGAAGACAUGGCAGACGCCAGCGUAUGUUCUUCGCCGUCUGCAGAUCUGAUUAACUCACAAAUCCCUUUAGUACAUGUAGAACCUCUUGACGCUUCAGUCGUCCAAAAAUACGCCUCUGCUAGUCGUAGCAGGCCAUCAGCCGGCGAAAUAAUCGAUCAGCUGAUUUAUGGAGACAUAAACAGCACUUCUGAAAAAGUGCUCGAACAAGCUUUUAAACUUAUUGGGGUAAUAAGUUCGGAACCUGAGGAACGAAUUAAACGCAAGCAUAAUUUCGUACUGCGAAACAUUCCGAGCCACUUAUCUGCUAUGGAGGGAGCGCAUGUGUUCCUACAAAGUUGUGGCUUGAGUUUUAGUGUCGCACAAGCUAAGCGACUUCGCUCGCUUAGUCGUAAUGCGCCGAUACUAGUUACCCUUUUCUCCAUGAUAGAAGUCGAUUUUAUCUUGUCGAGUAGGGAGAUGACUAGAGACUUCUGCCGUAAAUGGCGCUGCUCCGUUUCGCCAGACCUCACACCCCUGCAGCGAAGACUGAAUAAACUGAAAUCGGCAAAAACCAACACCAAGAUAAUGACACCUACUGUCAGUCUGAAUAUUUCCUCUACAACACCACCUGCGGCAUCUGCAAGUCACGGCAUAGUCAAUUCCGUAGGGAGUUCGACUACUUUUAAUGCUGACCUCUUUAAAUACACCACCACGCCUCGUAUAAACACGCCUCUAUCGACUCCCUCAGCAACCCCUAGUAAGCCUAAGCAUGUGCCUAAGUCAAAGGCAAAUGCAAUUGCUGUCUCAGCCACUCGGAUGCCCAAUAAAUCCAGCACCAGUAUAAAAUGUUUUCCUCCACAAUCGGCGAACAGUGCCUCAAAUACCCCGACUCAAAACGUAGCGGGUUCGCAACUGCCCCCCAGCCCUCAUAUCAAGGCAGUUAGGCCGAAUAUGCCGAUUUUCCCACCGUUUAAUAGACCUCUUGUUCCAAUGGAAACAGUGCGUCCCCCACCCCCUAACUUGUUUCCUCCACGGCCGUUUUACCAAUUCAUUCCUCAUGAUAAUGUCCAUACUGAAUCAGUUAAUUCAUCCGAUCCUCAGUUUCGUUCCGGCGGGAAUACGUUGCAGUAUCUGCCCCGCGGAUUUCCAGCUGAAAAUAAGUUAGCUAACAAUAGUUAUCAGUUUACCUGCCCGUCAUUCCCUCCCCCAAGUCCUCCCCUUUUUUAUCCACGUCAGAAUUUUUUGAUGCCACAAAAUUUUUUGCAGAACCGGAUUGUUGCAUCCGGACCGUUUGCUCCGUGGGCGACCCAGAACUGGACGAUGUAGCCCACCUCCCUCAAAAACUAACAGCCUUUCCCUUCAAACUUUUUGUUUCAAAUGCCAGAUCCUUGCUUAAUAAGAUGCCUUUGCUUCAGACUCAGGUGUUUGUCCAUUGUCCUGGCAUUGUUUUAGUAACUGAGACGUGGGCAUCAGCCUCAGUAGCUGACUCCGAACUCUCUCUUCUAGGCUACAAUUGCAUUCGAAAUGAUCGCCAAGAUAGCCGUGGUGGGGGCAGUUGCGUCUACGUUAAGCAAACACUUACAUGUUUGCCGUUGGACCUCCCGCACCCUUCCGCAGUAGAAGGCAGCUGUUGGCUCCAGGUUGCACUAAAAAAUAAGUUCUCCUUACUCGUUGGCUGCGUCUAUCGCCCUCCCAACGCCAAUGACAAUUUUGAUCGUUUACUCUCACGGGCAUUUCAUGCUGCGGCCGACUCAAGCUUUAAGUAUCAACUGGUUGCGGGUGACUUUAAUCUCCCUGAAGUCCGCUGGUCUCCGCCUUCAGGCCCCAGAAGGUUCGAUGACUUUCUUGAGGCUGUGGAUGUCGGGAUGUGGACUCAGGUUGUUGAUUUUCCCACCCGAGGCUCAAGUGUACUUGACUGAAUUUUCUGUAGAGGCUGCUUGCCAUCGUCAGUGUCAUCCCUAGGCCCACUCGGGGGCUCAGACCAUGACAUAGUUGUUUCAACGUUGGAAUUCGAGGCUGACGAAAUGUCGUCCCAAAAGUAUAACUUUUUCCGCGAUUUCCGAUCAACUCGCUCAACCGAAUUAUUAACACACCUUAAUUCCUACGACUGGACUGAUUUCUUCCUUAGUUCGGAUGUAAAUGUUUGCACUGCAAAUCUGUACGAAAUUUUGGAUCCGCUUAUUUCUCGUUUUGUCCCCCGUAAGAAAAUUAUUAAUGUUGGAGAUGAGGUUUUUCUACCCUUACCCUUUCGUCGCAGAUUGCGCAGACUUUAUCAUCGUUUCCAUCUGCAGAACGAUGUUAUUGUUCUGCCCUUGAUUUGUGAUAUUUUUGAUCGAGCUAAGAGAUUGUCUGAAGAAAAACAGCUAGCCGAAGAGGUCCAGUCUACCGAAAACCAUUCGUUAAAUGUCUCGAAACUUUUCUCUAGAAAAAUACGAACUCAGAGAAAGACGCAGUAUCCCAUCCUUCGAGACGAUCUCGGAAAUCCCAUAGUUGAUGCCCAGUUAACCGCGGAUAGCUUCAGUUCAGUUCAGUUUAUUGAGGGAAAUAGGCGUAAGCCUUUGAGUACCCUAUUUGCAACGUAAAAAAUGUGUGGUGUACAGAUAGAUGUUCUGGGCUGAAAUAGUUCGAACACGCCCAUAAUGGUGGGACAAAAUGAGAAGGAGUUACAGGGGUGAGCUCGACUUCUCAUCGCUCUUGGUCAUUUCGGAACAUAAAUAUGUCCUGAUUCUUCUUAAAAAUUUGUAUAGAUGGUGACAUCACAACAUCUGCGGGAAGCUCAUUCCAUGGUUUGACCACCCGAACCGCGAAGGAGAACUUCCGCACAUUCAGCCGUGCCUGUUGAGUGCGCAGUUUUAACGGGUGACCUCGGAGGUUGGUCGUGGUAGCAAAUUCUAAAAAGUCCUCGAAGGCCAGACUGCAAUCCAACCCCUUUACAAUGCGGAAGGCUUGCACGAGAUCUCCGCGAAGUUGCCUGUAACUCAAAGGAAAGAGGUUCAGAUUUACUAGGCGGGUUGCAUAUGGAAAGGAGCUUUGACCCCUAACCAUCUUCGUGGCUCUCCUCUGGAGUCUUUCGAGGCAGUUUUGAUCCACAACAGCCCACGGCCUCCAAGCUUGUAUGCCGUACUCUAAAUGCGGCCGGACGAAUGUUCCGAAUGUCUUAGAGAAAGCUUCUUCGUCAAAGUCCAUAAACGCACGCUUGAUGGCGUACAGUACGGACAUUGCGCUUUUUGCUACCCUCGAACAGUGGGCGGAUGGUUUUAGGGAACUCGUCGUAAGCACACCGAGGUCCUUUUGGGCUUCGACCUCUUGUAGGGCUGCACCGCCCAGAAAGUAGCCUCUUGUGCUGGCGGAUCUGGUUGUGUUGCCUAGGCGAAGUAUGCUACAUUUGGCAACGUUGAACCGCAGGAGCCAACGGUUUGACCACUCCUCCAACCGAUUCAGGUUCAUCUGCAGUCUGUCUUCAUCGGCAGGACCCCGUAUUACACUCCAUAUCUUCAUGUCAUACGCAAACAUUGCUACUUCACAGUCUAAAUCUCUUGCGGCAUCGUCCACGUAGAUAAGGAACAAAAUGGGUCCCAUUACUGAACCCUGGGGGACACCACUAUCGACCGUAGCCGGAUCUGAUUUUCCCCGACCGACGCACACAACCUGGUGUCGACCCACAAGGAAGUUCUCGAUCCAUUUAAGGAAGUUGCCACCGAUCCCUAUUUUUUUCAGCUUAUGUAAGAGCCUUUGGUGUGGCACAGUGUCGAAAGCCUUCUGGAAGUCGAUGAAGGCUAUGUGGACCGCGUGCCUGUCGUCGAGAGUUCGGGUCCAGCUCUGCAGAGAUUGCAGCAGGUUUGUCGUGCAGGAUCUUUCUGCUCGGAACCCAUGUUGGCAUUUCGAUAGCAGGCCGUGAACUUCCAGGAAUUGUAUCAGUUCACACUUUAUGAUCCUUUCCAUAACUUUGCAGAGAAUGCAUGUCAAGCUUAUGGGCCGGUAAUUUGUCGUCGCUGCCCUGUUACCUCCUUUGUGUAGCGGAGUAAUAUGCGCCAGCUUCCAAUCGAUAAGAAGUGUUCCAGUAUCAAAUGACGUUUGAAAGAGCAUCGACAAAGGCACAGAGAGCUCACUGGCAAGUUCCUUCAGAAGCUUGGGUGGGAUCUCGUCUGGUCCUGGCGACUUCGAUUCGUUCAAUGCCUCUAAUUCUCUUCGGACAAUGCCUUCUGAGAAGAGUAUAUCACUGACGCUUGGAGUCGGCAGUUCUUCUGUGGAGGGAGGAAGGAAUCUUGCCUCGUUUGUGUAGACUGAUUGGAAAAACCGUGAAAAUACGCAGCUUUAUCCCUACUAUCAGCGAUCUCAUUGCCAUCAGUAGUCUUUAUCAAAGGGGUUUGAUGCCUGUUCCUUGUAGUUCGUCGGAGGUAGAUGUAGAGCAAUUUUGGGUUCUGCGUUGCUUUUUGUAGCAAGUUCUUCUCGAAUUCCCGCCGCGUCUGCAUUAUCAGCUUCCUCAGUUUGUUCCUCGGUGUCUUGUAGGUGUUGAAGCAUUCAGCUUGUCUAGUGACGCACUAUUUUCUCCACAAUUUGUGCUUCUGUUGAUUUCUUUCUUGAGGUUGCUAUUUAGCCACCCAGGGCGUUUGUUCAGUUUUACCCUAGUCAGUGGGCAGUGGUUGUUGAUGAGCUGCAGAAGGACAUUCUUGAACAGCUCCCAGUCGUCGUUGGCACUUCCCGUAAACAAUGAGCCCCAGUCAAGACCGGAUAAGUCUGCCCUCAUCUGAUUGAAGUCGCCCCGCCAAACGUUACGCCUUUUGUGAUCUGGAGUAUGUGAAAUGGAGAAUAACGAAUAAUUCCACAUAAGCACUACGUGGUCACUUCGGCCAAGGGGCGGCAUGGAGGCGAUCUCGUCUAUGCUGUCUGGUGUUUUCGUAAAGACCAGAUCCAGGCAGUUUGCCCUUUGUCCUUCACGUGUUCUCGUUGGGAACAUUACAUGUUGUGUGAGGCACGCAUUUAAUGUCUUGCUCAACAGGCGGUAAUCGAAUGACGAUUUUGGACCUGACGCUUGGAGGGUAUUCCAGUUUGUUCCUGGUGCGUUGAAGUCGCCCAUGAUCAUGAUGUUAGGUCGACUGGAAAAUUUCUCCAACUGCUCCAAUAGUUGAGUGUCGGCGAUUCGGUCUGUCCGAGGUGGUCGGUAGACAGUGAGGACAUCGAGACACGGGGAACCGGUAGCCUUGAUGGUCAACCAGAUAGCUUCCGUACUGCACACAAACUUGGUGGUGUUAUCCGACACUGCCAGACCGUCAUUCACAUACACAACGAUACCACCACCCUGACGAUGUUCCCUGUCCCUCCGAUAAAUUUGGUAUCCAGGAAAGGCUACUUCGUUAUCGCUAAUAGUCCCGGACAGCCAGGUCUCAGUUACUGCUAAAACAUCUGGAGACAGCUCAACAAGGCAAAGUUUUAGUUCGUCUAGUUUCGAUAGGAGGCUUUGGGCAUUCGUGUACAAGCACCUCAGUUUAGCACCAGCCGAAUUUCCCGUUGCAUUUGUUACUGCUGUGAGCAUUACUCCGUUAUCGCGGACGUCGUGUUCUCUAGGCUCUUCCGUUACCUGAUUGGUUCCAUUUACAUGCCUUGUUUCAGUCAGAUCACUGGACGCUACGGGCUCACUUGUGUUGGCGCCUUGAUCAGGUGGUUCAACGAAGGUGCCUGUUUUAGCUGAGUAGCUGUCGUCGUUCGUAGUAUUACAGGCUGGUUCCACUGAAACGGCAUAUAUUUUCGAACUACCUUCCCCUUGAAGAUAGCCAGAUUGUGUUCGCCAUCCUUCAGUCUUGAUUUUAACUCCAAGACAAGUUCCCGGCGUUUCAACCGUUCCGCUGGUGAAUAGUCCGGUUGAAAAAAACCUGCUUGUGUGUGUUUCUGAGAUCGGUUUUUUUAGGGUGGAUGAACUUGAUUUGCUCUUUGUUCUCCAGCAUAAUUUUGAGAGGGCGAGGUGGUUGUGCUACUGUCCUGUCUUCACUCCUUUUUCCUAUCCGGAAUGCUUUCAGAACCCUUAUUUCCAUGUCUGCCGGCAGUAAAUGAUUUAGCAGACCAUGAAAAGAAGCAAGGUCCUCUGAGACACGGUCUACAGGUCUGACUGCAUUCGAUUCUGACAAACCCUGAAUAAUCAGACACUGCUGGCGAGCAUGGUCCUCCUUACUCUGUCUUUCCGGUGAAUCCGCUGCAUGUGGGCGAGGACGAUUUACGGAGUCAUCGCUUGGACGCACACUUUUACUGUCUACCGACUGUCCCGAGCAACCCAUCAGGGCUGGCUGUGACUUCAGAAUCCUGUCAUGGCGUUUCCCUCUCCCCUCUACCCACGGGUUUAUGUCUUCGCGUUCAGCUACGUGCUCUGUAGUGCGCUCAGGGUGGUUGCCAGAACAAGAGGGCAACAGUAGACUGGAUGACCCAGGUAUAUCGUCUCCAGGCAAAACAGAAAUCCCAUCACUUACAGCAAGAGGCUUAGUUGAGAUGGCUUCCGCGACAUGUAACUUUUUUGCGACAUCGCUUAAGACAUCGUGCGUGGGAAUCGAGUCUCCCUUUAUCGGCGGCUUCAUUUUCAUUGUCCUGCUGUUACCGGCGUCUGCGGUUUUGGCUGUUGAGUUGCUACUCGUGUUUGAAGAUACCCCCGAGGAGAUAUUUUUUCGCGUUUUUUGCGUUUUGCUCUUCGUUUUUGGGGUUCUAACACUGGACACGUUCUGGCCGACUACGGUCCGUUUCACGAGCGCCCUUAAAUCAGCAAGCUCCUUUUCCAGUUGUUCUACUUUGAUUUGAAUAUCUGCGCACCCACCACAAGGCUCGUCUUCGUAGCUCACACUUUUUGCGGUUUUUACGCUUUUUGCACGCUUUGCUGGUCGUUGGCUGGAGGCGAAGGUAGAGCGAGCACAGGUUCUGGAUGCGAAGGACAACUCACCGGACUUAUCUUCCAAAGAGGUGCCGUCGCUGGCCGUACUACUACAGUUAGCUUGCUGAGAAUCCAUAAACUUUGACGUGAUAUAAUGUGUAUAAUUUCGCUUUCAAUGAUUUCCUGUCCAAAACGUUUAUUGAAGACUCGACCACUCCGCUUCCGACCAUCCAGUCAUUGACCGGGGCAGUUCUAGAAACUAUAACUUUCACUCUGUGGGAUGUGACUGUUGCGAUUCGGCGUUUUCGUCAAUCUUAUAAUCCAGGUCCUGAUGGUGUCCCAGUAAGCAUUUUAAAAGCCGAUGCAAACACUAUCUUCCCAUCUCUCUUAUGCAAGAUAUUUAAUCUUGCUCUUGAAAGUGAAACUUAUCCUACCUUGUGGAAGGAAUCACACAUUUUGCCCAUUCCUAAGCACGGCAAAUCUACAUCAUUUGAUGACUUUCGGCCCAUAAACACCCUCCCCGCAGUUUCAAAGAUCUUAGAGACAUUGAUCAAAGAUAAGAUGAUGUGUCACUUAACAGCGAAUAACUUACUGAGUGCUGCUCAGCAUGGAUUCCUCAAAGCUCGAUCUUGUGACACCUGUCAACUCUCUUUCUUUGACUAUGUUCUCCAAUCUAGGGACAAUAGUUUUGCACUUUACACAGUAUAUUUCGAUUUCACUGAGGCUUUUGAUCGUGUUGACCAUGCUCUUCUUCUCUUGAAACUGUUCUCCUUCGGAAUAGGUGGCAAACUUUUGAAUUUUAUAUCCUCUUAUUUGGGCACUCGCACACAACGAGUUAAGAUUUCCAAUACCAUCUCCAACCCCACACGUGUGAGGAGUGGAGUCAUUCAGGGUAGGGUACUCGGCCCGCUUUUAUUUUGCCUUUUCGUUAAUGAUGUACCCGAUUUAUUUCAGAAUGGUAGGCCUUUCAUGUAUGCCGAUGAUCUUAAAGUUGCAUAUCGAUAUAAGCCGGCAGAUCAUGACAUCGUGCUUGAGCUCCUAAAGAGCGAUCUACAGGCUUUCGCCCAGUGGUGCCGCACAUGGCGCCUUUCUCUUUCUUGGCAUAAGUGCUCAGUCAUGGUGGUUGGCGACGACCGCCAACCUCAAUUAAGUAUUGAAGGUCACGCAAUAAAUGUGCCAGGGGUUAUAAAGGAUUUGGGCGUGUCAUACUCCAAGAGUGUCAAUCUCUCGGAGCACUGUGCCUUGAUAGUCUCCAAAGCACGUAGAACGACCGGGUUUAUCCUCCGAAAUUUUAAAACUAGGGACAUUAGAAUGCGCCUUUUCAACAUGUACGUUAGACCUGGUCUGGAAUACUGUUCGUUUUCAUUUAGCCUCAUGCGUGCUACUGAGCGGACGAAAAUAGAAUCCGUUCAACACUUUUUACCAAGAGAAUUUUAACCCGGGAACACCGACAUUUGUCUUACCAAGAACGUUGCCGUCUUACAGGCCUCGAUCCUUUAUGGUUCCGUAGAUUACAAAAGGGACUAUUUUUGCUAUUUAAACUCUUAUAUAAUCACACAUUUAACCCACUCACCUCUUUAAGACAUCAUAUCCACCCACGACGUAACAGUCACCGUGAGGUCUUCUUAUUUCUGCCUCUGGCACGUACUGUUAAAUAUCGUCGGUUCUUUUCUGUAAAUGUAAUUGCUAUUUGGAAUAAACUACCCAUGAGUGUGAAAACUCCGCAAAAUUAUCCUUUAUUUAAGAGAACUAUUACUCGAUUUUUGCAUUCAGAAAAGCUCCCACAAAUUUUGGGUGCUGAAUCUACUGAUCGACUGUACCGUAGCGAUGGCGUUUGUGGUCUCUGAACACUAUGGCCGGUCUCACCAGCUGUUCCUCAACGCCUCUACUUUGACUAUCCCCAACUUCAUGAAAGGAAUUUGACGUCCGAUAAUCUCCGAUACCGUGCAACCUCCCCCCUUCUUGACGGUCGAUAUUCUACCACCGCCGGCAGUUUUUUCUCCCGAGCCCUCCAAACCACAAAAACCACCAUCAACUAUAUUUUUAUCCCUUAAGCUCAGGAGUUUUUUUCACUACUGGUCGGAUUUGUGUUUAAUCGCUUCCCGUGACAAUGCCUGUAAACUGGCAUUAAAUAAAAAUUUAUUUAUUUAUUUAUCCGACGCCUCCCGUCAUCUUGGACCCUGAACCCGAGAAUCCAUUUCGGCAACUCCUCGCCAAAUACCCCGGCCUCACUCGUCCCACCUUCAACGUUUCUAUUCCACCACAUGACGUCGUUUACCACAUUCGGACCACCGGCCCUCCCGUGUUUUCUCGCCCCCGCCGUCUCGCGCCUACACGUCUUGCUGCCGCCAAGGCCGAAUUCGAGCAUAUGCUUCAAAUGGGCAUCAUCCGUCAGUCUGAAAGCCCAUGGGCCACACCCCUCCACAUGGUUCCAAAGGCCGCCACUGGUGACUGGCGCCCCUGCGGUGAUUACAGGGCCUUGAAUAACGUCACUGUCCUGGACCGCUACCCUGUCCCACAUCUUCAGGAUUUUGCCGGUGCCCUAUUCGGCAAGUCUGUAUUCUCGAAGAUCGAUCUGAUCCGUGCUUUCCACCAAAUUCCCAUAGCCCCAGAGGACGUUUCGAAGACGGCCGUUACCACCCCCUUUGGCCUCUUUGAGUUCCUGCGCAUGCCGUUUGGACUUCGCAACGCCUCCCAGACCUUCCAAAGGUUUGUAGACAGAGUGCUUCGCGGCGUACCAUUUCUCUACGCCUAUAUCGACGACCUUCUGGUAGCCAGCUCCACCACUGAAGAACACAUGGAACAUCUUACAACGGUUUUUGACCGCCUUCAACAAAUUGGCGUUGUUCUCAACCCGUCCAAGUGCGUCUUCGGUGUGCCCUCCCUAGAAUUUCUCGGUCAUCUGGUCGACUCCCACGGCAUUCGGCCUCUUCCCUCAAAGGUUGCCGCCAUUCGGGACUUUCCACCCCCUACCUCGAAGCGUCAGUUGCAACGGUUUCUUGGUAUGGUGAACUUUUAUCGCCGGUUUCUCCCGAACUGUGCCGAUACCAUCCUACCUCUGACCAAUCUCCUCUCAGGUUCUAAACGCACCUUUGAACUUACACCAGCAACACUCACGUCAUUUGAGCAGGUAAAAGCCCUUCUGGCUGAUGCCACCCUCCUGACUCACAUUUAUGCUGAUGCACCCAUAUCUCUGAUGGUCGAUGCCUCCAAUGUUGCUGUUGGCGCGGUUCUUUAACAAAGUCUUCCGGAUUCUACCGUGCCUUUGGCUUUCUUCUCCAAGACACUAUCCAAAGCCGAAACCCGCUACAGCACAUUCGGACGUGAACUUCUUGCCGCUUAUCUUGCCGUAAGGCACUUCCGGCAGUUACUCGAAGGUCGAGAGUUCACAAUUUUCACUGAUCAUAAGCCACUCACGUUUGCAAUACAUUCCCACUCUGGCAAGCUAAGCCCCUGGGAGAUCCGUCACCUGGACUACAUUUCGCAGUUCACUUCAGACAUCCGCCAUAUUGACGGGUCAAGGAAUGAGGUGGCUGACGCUCUGUCCAGGCCCUCUAUUGCUCAUCUUCAGCUUUCACCCGGGAUAGACCUCGCUGAGAUGGCCGCUGAACAACGCCGUGUCGGUCCACCCUGUGAUGAGGAUGUUUCCGGACUCCAUCUUCAGGAGCUACCACUGACAACUGACAACGGCACUAUUCUAUGCGACGUAUCCACCCCAUCUCAUCGUCCAUUUGUACCACCAUCGCUCCGCCGCAAAGUUUUCCCCUCCCUGCACAAUCUGUCUCACCCUGGGAGUCGAGCAACCGACAAGCUGGUUUCCAACCGCUUCGUCUGGCCUGGUAUGCACAAGGACCUCAAGGCAUGGACACGGGCUUGCAUCGCCUGUCAACGGAGCAAGAUCCAGCGGCACAACAAGGCCCCCAUUGGCACCUUCCCCGGUCCUGGUGCAAGGUUCAGCCACGUUCAUUUGGACAUUGUAGGCCCCCUGCCUCUGUCCAAUGGUUGUUCCUAUCUCCUCACCUGUGUGGAUCGGUUCACUCGGUGGCCUGAAGCAAUUCCCCUGCCUGACAUUGCUGCUCCAACGGUGGUCAAGGCUUUUCUCAGUCGUUGGGUUGCUAUCUUUGGUGCACCCUCCACAAUCACGACUGACCGUGGUGCCCAAUUUGAAUCUCACCUCUUCCAGUCUUUACGCUCCUUUUUAGGCUGUACUCGCAUCCGCACUACAGCCUAUCAUCCGGCAGCCAACGGGAUGGUCGAGCGGUUUCACCGUCAGCUGAAGGCCUCCCUACGCGCCGCAGACGAUCCGGAGAACUGGACAGACCACCUCCCCCUAGUCCUCUUGGGCAUUCGCUCCUCCAUCAAGUCGGACCUUGAUUGUUCUGCCGCUGAACUCGUGUUCGGUGCCACCGUCCGACUUCCCGGUCAGAUGAUCUCGCCAACCCCGCGCGUUGCAGUUGAGGAUCCCACCAACCUCCUGCAUCGCCUCCGGCAAUUCCUGCGGACACUUUCUCCGGUCCCGCUCAGGCCAUCCGUCUCCGAAUCUUACCUCGAGAAAGAUUUGGCGACAUGCUCUCACGUCUAUAUCCGAUGUGACCGAGUACGCCGGCCCCUGGAACCACCCUACGAUGAUCCCUUCCGAGUUAUCUCUCGUGGGACGAAGAACUUCUGCAUCCAACGCGGCACUCGCGAGGAGGUCGUGAGCAUGGACCGUCUCAAAGCUGCCGUCCCGGACACUCCUCCGGAUGAGCCCUGUGGUCCCCUACCCCCUGCUCCGCCUCCCGACCCUCUAUUCCACCGUCCCGUAUACUUCCUCUGCCCUCAUGUCCACAACUCCCAACUGCAACUACCCCUUCAUCAACAAACAACACUGUAA